AUGCAAGAGAGUAUAAAAACUGAAAAAGAACCAAAAGACUAUCAAGAAAAAACAAAUAAACGAAGUGCAGAAGAAGAAUUAAAAAAAAAUUUAAAAAAACGAAGAACUAGUCGUGCAACUAAAAGAAGAAGAUCUAGAAGGAAAAAACCAUUAGUUGAAGAAGAAGACAAAGAAGGUUCAAUGAGCCGUAUCUUUGUAGCAGCAAAAAAUGGUCUUAAUUGUUUGAAUCAUUCUACAAAAUGGGCACAUAUUAGAAAUACUUCUCAAACAGCUGUUGGAAGGAAAGUAAUAAAGUCAUAUAGUAGUCCUAAAGAUAUUAAUGUAUCGUUAAAAAAAGAAAAAAGAUCAGCUAAAGAACAUGAUUUUGAUCAUAAAUUAUUAAAAAAAACAGAUUAUCGAAAAAAAAACCACCUAGAGUCAAAUUUUGUACUUUAUAAUAAUGAAUAUAUUCGGAAGAGUAUGUCUUUCCCAUCUAAAGAAGAAUUAAAUAAAUUUGGAAUAUCUUGUGACAUUUUUAGUGAUCCAGAAAUGUUUUUGAAUAAAGUUAUGAAUGUUAAAGCAAAGUUAGUGAUUACACCAAGUAAUUUACAAGCAAAUUCUAAUUAUUUUUACUUCGCACUUUGUAAAGCAAGAAUAGGUGAAAAAAUUUAUGUAGGUAAAGGGCAUGGUGAGACUAAUACAGAAGCAUGUCAAAAUGCGUAUCUUUAUCUUAUUUCAGAAAUUUAUAAGAAGGAUUUAUUAUUUGAUAUAAUUGAAGAAUAUCAAAUUGGAAAUUAUGACAGUCAUCUAAUUAGUCAAGAAUCUAGCUCUAAGUUGGAUGUUUUAAAUUAUGCAUGUCGUUGGUUAGCUUUGCCAAAGUUUGAUACAUCUACUUCAUACACAAAAAUUAAAAAAAAAAAACUUUAUACAGUGAAAAUAUAUACAGAUGAACCUAACUUAAUUGGUAUAGGAAAGUCAUAUGAAUAUAAAGUUGCAGAAAUUCUUGCAUGUAUUAACUUCAAAAAAAUGGCAGAAGAACAUCAUUCAAAAAAUAGCAAAGGCCUUCUUUUAGUUAAAGACUGGAGAAAUUUAAAUACAUCUAAUGCUAAACAAUUUAUCGAUUUUUUUGGAUUUAAGAAAAAAACAGGAAAAAUUGAAUGUGUUUUCAAAAUAAAAAAUUCAUUUUGGAUUGCUUCAAUGAAAUCAGGUGAAAAAAUUAUAGCGAUAUCUCCACAAAUGUAUAAUAAAAAAGAUGCAGAAAACGCAUGCUUUCUUGUUUACGCACUUGAUAUUUGUAAAAAAAUGCCUUAUUUGUUUACAGAAUUUAUUGAAGAACUUAAAAAGGGAAAUGGAGAAUUUUUACGACCAUUAGCGCCUAUUUCUGCUAAUAUAUCUGAAAAAUCCUUAAGAAUUAUGGAUGAAACUAUUAGCCAGAUAAAAAAAAUUCAAAAAUCCGAAGUCUCGAAAGACAUAUAUUUUCAAAAAAAAGAUAACUUUAAUUAUUUACCUUUCAAACCAUCUCCAGAAUUUCUAAGUCAACGUUCUGAAAUUUUAUUGAAAAAUUUAGAAAAUUUUAAAAAAAAUGAAUCAUUAAAAGAUUUAUUUAAAAAAAGACAAGAACUUCCUAUCUAUCAGUAUAAAGAUGAGUUGUUAACACUUAUAAAAGAAAAUCCUGUUUGUAUAGUAAUAGGUGCUACAGGAAGUGGCAAAACUACUCAACUUCCUCAAUUUAUUUUCGAAGACGCAAUUCUCAAUAAUAGUGGCGCCAGAUGCAAUAUAUUAUGUACUCAGCCCCGCAGAAUAGCUGCAAUUUCUGUUGCCCAACGUGUAUGUUUUGAAAGAAAUGAAAAAUUACGAGAAUCUGUUGGAUACCAAGUAAGAUUUGACAGCAAACCUGCAAAACCUAUUGGUAGUAUAAAUUAUUGUACCACAGGUAUCCUUUUAAAACAACUUCAGGAUUCAUCAUCUUCAAUACUUGAAGGAAUAAGUCAUAUUAUUGUAGAUGAAGUCCAUGAAAGAAAUAUUCAAAUAGAUUUUUUACUUGUUAUUUUAAAACGAAUUAUCAAAGAAAGAAAAUCUCUUGGACUUCCACCAAUCAAAAUUGUUUUAAUGAGCGCAACAAUAAAUCCAACACUAUUUUGUAAAUAUUUUGGAGACGAAUUCCCAAAUGGUCAAGCACCUUCGAUAACUAUACCUGGUCGCAGCUUUCCAGUAUCUUCAUAUUUUUUAGAAGAAAUAUAUGAGAAUUUAAAAAAUACAUUUUCAAGAAAAGAGGCACCAAUACUUUUUGAUAAAGACACGAAUUUAUAUAUUGAAAAUGAAAAAGCAUUUUCUUCUGAUUCUUAUAAAGAAAAAGAGAAGACUAUAAAAGAUGAACAUAAUAGUGAUUAUAAUUCUUCUAUAGAUUGGUCUUCAAAGAAUUAUUCAAGUCAGAAUCAUGGAUUAUUAUCUAUAAACGAAAAAGAAAUUAAUAUUUCAGAUGGUCUUAUUGCUACUACAAUUUCUUAUAUUAUAAAAACAUCUAAUGAUGGAUCUAUUCUAGUAUUUCUUCCAGGAUAUUCUGAAAUAAGCUCUCUAAACAAAGUUUUAAUAUCAGGAAAAGCAGGUGUUGAUUUUACAGAUAAAUCUAAAUAUCGUAUUUACAUGCUUCAUUCAGCAAUUCCAUAUAUGCAAAAUGAUGUUUUUGAAAAAUUAGAACCUGGAAUAAGAAAAAUAAUUCUUGCCACUAAUAUUGCAGAAACAUCUAUUACUAUUCCCGACGUUGUAUACGUAGUUGAUACAUGCAAGCAUCGAGAAAAAAUAUAUGACCAAACUAAACGUAUUACUAGUCUUCUUUCUACAUGGAUUAGUCAAUCCAAUUCAAAACAAAGAGCAGGAAGAGCAGGAAGAGUAAGAAAUGGGUACUAUUAUGCUUUAAUAUCUAAAAAUCGGCACUCUGCUUUAGCAGCCGCAUCAUUACCUGAGAUUCUUAGAUCAGACUUGCAAGAAAUCUGUUUGCAAAUAAAAGCAAUAGGAGUGAAAGAUUCAAUAUCGAAAAUUUUAUCUGAAACAAUUGAAGUUCCUUCAAAAGAAGCUGUAGAAUAUGGCCUUAAAAGACUUCAUUCUUUAAAUGCUUUGGAUGAGAAUGAAAAUUUAACACCCUUAGGUAAUGUUUUGGCUACUUUACCUGUCGAGCCAUCUCUCGGAAAAAUGUGCUUAAUGGGUGCAAUUUUUAAAUGUUUAGAUCCUAUUCUUAUUCUUGCUGCUAGUACAACUGUAAGAAAUGUUUUCUUGCAACCUAUUGAACUUCAAAAAGAAUCUCGUGAGGCUCGUAUUAGGUUAAGUAUGGAUUAUAAAAGUGACCAUAUAACUAUUAUUAAUUGUUUUCGAAAAUGGCGUUUAAUCCGUAAUACAGAAGGUAACGCAUCAGCAUCAAUUUUUAUUGAAAGGAAUUUUUUACAUAGAAAUACUCUUCAAACUAUUGAAAAUAUAGCUGAACAAAUCUUACAAAUUUUAAUUGAUUAUAAAAUUGUUCCUAAUAUCAAAAAUGAAAAAUUAUCUCAUGAACUGGGCGAUGAAGAAUCAAAUAAAUAUUCAGAUUGUAUUCCUCUUAUAAAAUCAUUAAUAUGUGCAGGGUUUUAUCCAAAUAUAGCUGCUAUAACAAAUAAGCGAUUACUUAGAACUUCUAACGAUAGUUUAGUUAUGUUGCAUCCAACAACUAUUAACUUUCCAAGAAGUAGCAAUAGAAAUCUUUAUGGGCCUCCUAUAUCAGAAGAUAUCUUUCCUCCAGGUACCCUUUAUGUCUUUAGCUCCAAAUCAAAAACAGAUUUUUCGAAUACUUUAACAUUGAAGGAUACUACUCUUUUAAAUCCUUUGUCAGCAUUGUUGUUUGGAGGAAAACUGUCAUGUAAUCACAAUAUAAUUAAAGUAGAUGAUUGGCUACCAUUUUAUAUUGGAAGUACUCAAAGCUCUAUUAUUCAGGAAUUUAAUGAAUGCAUUAACAAAGUUUUAGUACAAAUUUUUAACAAACUUUGCACACAAUCUUAUCACAACCAAACUGCAUAUAGUAUUUUGAACGAAAAUCCAAUUCGUGAUAUCUUAGUCAAAGGUUUAGCAGAUGCAUUGUACUAUGAUGUAUGA